AUGGGUUACGGGAACGCCCAAGAGCCUCCAUCGAAGAAACGGAGGGAAGCCGGUGUACACCCCAUUAAUCGUCUCGGUCAGUCAGUUGAUGAAGGUGAACUUUCUAAGCUCAAAAGUGAGAGGAGCAAGAAUAUCCUCGCACCCCUUAAACGGACUACAGGACCAAAUGUAGAGGGACCUUUACGCUUUGCGAGCCCAGUGGAACCCGCAGAUGUAGCAAGCGGCAAUUUAACGCUGCCUGGUGGCUGUGACCAAUAUAUCACACCGGAUUGUAUUAGGGCUCUGUAUGGUAUUCCGAAAGGGUCCAAGAAACACCCAGAUAACAAAAUGGGAAUCUUCCAAUCCCUUGGGCAGCACUACACACAGCAUGAUCUCGACACAUUCUUCUGGAGCUUCACGGAUGAAAUCCCGAACGGAACGCAUCCUGAGCUUUUUUCCGUCGACGGCGGGCAAGGGGCCACGACAAACCUUAGGCUGGCCGGCUCAGAAUCAAACCUCGAUUUUCAAAUGGCGUACGGGUUGAUCUGGCCCCAGGAGCCUGCACUCUACCAGGUCGAUGACGAGUGGUACCAGACUAACUACGAGUUUGAUCCAGAGUCAUACUUGGACCUUUGGAACGCAAUCGACGGCAGCUACUGCACUUUCGAGGCAUAUGGCGAAACAGGUAAUUGUAAACGCCCUGAGUGUCGAGACCCUGUGUACCCGAAUCCGCAUGACCGUUCUGGAUACAGCGGCCAGUUGAUGUGCGGUGUAUACAAGCCGACAAACGUCAUUAGUAUCUCGUACAGUGGAGCAGAAAUUGAUCUCCCGGCGUCUUAUCAGCAGCGGCAAUGUGCCGAGAUUAUGAAGCUCGGCUUACAAGGCUCUACGAUCAUCAUCUCAUCGGGCGAUGACGGCGUCGGCGGCUUCUCAUCUCCUGCUGCGCCUUCUGGUUGCUUAGGUCCCGCACGGGACGUCUUCAAUCCGCAGUUCCUUGCAACUUGUCCUUAUAUCUUGACGGUAGGAUCGACCGUCCUGCAGACCAAUGGGACCCCUGGUGUCGACCCCGAGGAGGCGACGGACAGGUUCCGGUCUGGUGGAGGAUUCUCUAACAUCUACGAUGCCCCGGAUUGGCAAAAGGAAAUUGUCAAUAAGUACCUUGAAGAGGCUAAGCUUCCAUUCGAGGGUUACGAAGGCGGUGGCGGUAACUUUAGUAACGUUAACGCUGGUAUAGGACAUUUUAACAAGCUAGGGAGAGCUUAUCCAGAUGUCUCGGCCAAUGGAGACCACUUCGUCAUUUCAAGCGGCGGUGAGCUACUAAGCAUUGGUGGCACAUCCGCUUCGGCGCCACUCUGGGGAUCGAUCAUUACUCUGAUUAACGAGGAGCGUUUAGCGGCGGGUAAAAGCCCGGUCGGGUUCGUUCAUCAAGUCCUGAUAUCUCCUAACCACCUAGCGCAGUAUUCUCACCCCGAAGUCUUCAAAGAUAUCACGAAGGGCGAUAACCGGGCAUGUAAGACGACUGGUUUCCCGGCUAUUGAGGGAUGGGAUCCUGUAUCGGGAAUGGGUACUCCGGACUACCCCAAGCUUUUGGAGCUCUUUUUGAGCUUGCCGUAA